CCGCCCACAAGGUUGUGUAGCGUUAUGAAAGCAGAGCGGUGGGCAUGACAACGGAGUCACAGCAAAGAAACCCCCUUAAAACCGAGAUCCGCUGCGAUGCUUCGUGUCACCACUACGUCUCUGUGUGCCUCCUGCCAGAAGAUGAGGCUGUUCCUGCCUCCCUUCGCUUCCCUCACCUCCCACAGCAAACGGGAGGAGAAUCAACGCACGGUUGACUCUCUGUACAAAUUGUCAGUGGACAUCAGAAAGGUCCGCAAGCUCAAGGGUUGGGUUUUGUCUGAGAAGACCUCCUAUGUGGCUGAGACAGCCGGUCUUCUGAGAGACAUGGGUGCUGACACGGCGGUGAUCGCCCACAUCCUUGAGACCCACCCCGAGGCUGUCCUGUGCCCGCCAGAGGACAUGGAUGCCCAGCGGGACCUCUGGGGGUCGGUAUGUUCCAGCCAACACUCCCUUCUGAGCAUCAUCAAAAAGUUCCCAGCUUCCUUUUUCACCGUAAGCCACCACAGCAACCAGCGGGCCAACAUCCUCUACCUCCAGAGACUUCGCCUCAACAAGAAGAUCAUCAGCAAGCUGAUGGCCAGCGCGCCGCAGAGCUUCAGUCGACCUGUGGAGAGCAACCAGGAGGUGAUCCACACCCUCAGAGAGACCUACUUGGACCUGGGUGGGGAUGAGGGUAAUCUCCAGGUUUGGCUGCAGAAGCUCCUCAGCCAGAACCCGUACAUCCUCCUGCGUCCAGCGGAGACCUGGAGGGACAGUUUGGGCUACCUGAGGGAGUGGGGCUUCACCACAGAGGAGCUGCUCAGCCUGGUGUCCAGCCUCCGAACGUCCAUCUCCGAGCUGCAGCCUGAAGCCAUGCGGCAGGCGCUGGCCUAUGUCCAGGAUGCUCUCAGCUGCUCUGAGGACGAACUGAAGCAGGUCGUGAUCUGCUGCCCGGCCGUUUUGUACAACUCGCUGGCCACCUUGGCGGGACGCUUUCAGGGACUGAUGGACGCCGGGGUGAGCGUCGAGCAGGUGAAGGAAUCCCCGAACGUCCUGGAGCUCACAACGCAGAUAGUGCUGUAUCGGAUCCAGAAGCUAGCAUCCUACGGGUACGACGUUCACUCCGGCAGCUUGGACGUAAUCGUAGGAACCAAGAAGGACUUUGAGAUGAGCUACGCCAAGCUGAACCUCCGGCAGCAGAGGCCGCUCUUUAACCCUGUGGCUCCACUCAGGACUGCUGAGGAAUGAAGAAAGAAACUCUAAUGCUAAUAAACUGGAGUUUGGUAGAUGUUGACUUAGUACAUCACAUUACUUUAAAAAUCUUUCAAAUGUGGAUACAGGCUUAAAAAUUUAUAUGCUCAACCCUCAAUGUAUGGUUCUGAUAUUUCUCAUUAGCCUCUUGAAUUUCGGGACAACAGACAUUUUUCAAAAUGGCCAUUGUUUUUAAGCCUUUUAAAUUAAUUAGUGUCAUUAAAUGUUCAUCAUGUUUUUGACUUUCGUCAUCCAAUUCAUACAACUUUAAAGUAAUAACUUAGCAAAAUCAGAAACUGAGGACUUUACUGUUUGAAAAUCUCACACCAGUUAUAAACUGGAAGGAGUUAAAGAUGUCUGACAGACUGACAGACAGUCGUCUUAGUGGUUAAUGUUAGCUUCAGCUAACCGUUUGUGUGUUUAGCAAUAAAGCAUUAGCUUCUGCUAAUUUUCUGUGUUUGGCGGUUUAGCAUUAGCUUCUGCUAAUUUUUCUAAAUGUUUAGCAGUUUAGCGUUAACAGAACUAAGAGUCUUGCUUAGCGAAUUAGUGGCUAGUGAAGCUAACUGUUUGGUUAGCUGUUCUCACUAAUGGCAGUAACUGCUGCUGAUUUUAGUGCAAACAUGUACUCUUUGUUAUAACUAUGGUGGCCAUUUUGAAAAAUGUCCACCAGAAAAUGGAAACACAAGAAAAAACCAUAUAUGAUUUCUAUGGUUCAAAAUAUGUAACCAAACACAUUCAUUUUGCGUGGAAAUAUUAAUCUUCCAUGGUGGCCAUGUUGAAAAAUGAAAGUUAUCAACAAAUAUGAUUUCUUUGGGUCUAAUUAUGUAUCACUUGAAACCAAAAGUAUUCAUCUGUGAUAAAUAUUGGCAGAUUUAAUGCAGAUAAAUUUCCUUGAUGACCAUGGCAGCCAUCUUAAAUUUUUCAGUGGCUAAUUUUUGAUUUAUUUAUUUUUCUAAAACACAAGCCCCUUGGAACAUUGUGCCAAGUUAGGGUCUUGUAUCCGUAUUUGAAAGAUUUUGAUGAAAUAUUCAAUUAUCUGCAGCACCAGUCUGUAAGUUAUUCAAAUCUUACAAACAUCAGGAAAUACCCAACAUAAGAGCUUCUUCUUGUUGCCUUAAUGACUGUUUAUACUUUUGCCUGACAGCUGAUUAUGUUUGUGGGAAUCUACUCACUUUGCUGUGACCUUACUUUAUUUAAUAAUUUGUUUAAAAAUAUAGCUUUUGUGGGAAGAGAAGCAGCCUUUAGUUUUAAUACUCCUCUAAUCUGGAAUAAACUGUUUAAAUCAAGGUUAAAACCCCAUUUGGUUAGGAUUGCCUUCAAUUAAUAACUGGAACAUCAUUAGUUUCAGUCUAGAUUGCAACUCUUUAUUAUUUUCCUUUAAUUUGCCACUGCAAUGUUCUAUUAUCUCGAUCUUAUAAAGCUUUAUGAGCUACCUUGUUGCUGAAAUAUGACCAGGUACAGAAGCAACAUAAUGAUCGAAUGGUAAACUAUAUAAACUCCUCAUAUGUUCAAGAUAAAACCCACAAUUUGAUUCAAAUGAAUACACUAGUCUUGUUUAUGGUACACUUCUUUAUUAAGGAUUUUACAGGGAAGUCACUGUGAUGCAAAGACUCUUUAGUCCUUUUUUAUUCUCCAAAACUACUAAAAAAGGGCAACAUCAAGAUGGUUAAUGUUAUUUUGCCUCCACACUGGAAAGGAAUGAGACACGUCUACAAUUACUGAGAUCAACCAAAACACUUCGUCUUUGUCAGUUUACGAUAGAUGGAUCAAGAAAGAACAAAGUUUGGGGAAAACGAUGGUUAGCAAACACAGAAGCUCUCUCAGUGUUCUUUUUUUUUUGUCGAAAAGUCUUUAAAUGUUUUUUAUUUU